AUGACAUUUUACGCCAAUGGCUGCAUUUAAAUCUGCGGGUGAUCCAUUUAUAUUACGCUGUCCGAUAAUUAUAUUCUAUUUUUUACUCUAUUGAUAUAAAUUUAACAUUGAGAAGGAUUAUCUACUGAAUACUAUCAUUAAAUUACGAUAUACUAGGAAGAAUUUAUCUCAUUUACUCAUCCUAAGACCAAUGGAGUUUGCGUGUUGUUUUCCAAAAGGUCAAAACGUGACCGUUGUCUUCAUAGAUAACACAUUUAAAUAUACAGAAGGAACGACAAAGUUACUUUUUCCCGAAUCACUGAUCAAAUUUAUUAAGUGUACCUGUACAUUUAACAUUUGGAAUAAUGGUGCUUCGCUUUUCAAUACAUCGUCGUGCUUUUUCGAAGUUGUUAAGUGUUAAAAGUAAUGGCAUCGUUCCUAAUUUGGGAAGUAUUCGUUGCGCUGUUGAAGUAAGCAAACCCAAUUGGAUUCCAUUUUCAAUAUCUCAACAGGGAACGUUUUUUCAACAACAACCGAAACUGGGAAAUCAAUACUUAGAUGACGUUCCUCUUAGGAAUUACUUAAAGAGAAAUUUACCGAAAGAGGUAUUAUAUGAAAUUGAGCCAGAUUUGAUUAGAUUUGGAGAUUGUGUAGCAAGUGAUAUCAAUGUUUUAGGAAGAGAAUGUGAAUUAAAUCCUCCAAAAUUGAACCAGCAAAAUGCUUGGGGUGUUUAUGUUAAUAAAUUAUGGACUUGUGAUGCAUGGAAAAAGUUACAUGAUAUAUCUGCUGAAGAAGGACUCAUUGCAAUUGGAUAUGAAAAGAAAUAUUCAGAAUGGAGUCGACUCUAUCAAAUGGUUAAGCUAUAUCUUUAUGCACCUUCGUCGGGCUUGUAUUCCUGUCCUUUAGCAAUGACAGAUGGAGCAGCCAAAACAAUUCAGAUGGUGGCACGCAAUACAAAUAAAAGAUUUCAGACUGCUUUUAAUAAUUUAAUAAGUAGAGAUCCUAAACAAUUUUGGACUUCUGGUCAAUGGAUGACAGAAAAGAAAGGAGGAUCUGAUGUAGCUGGUGGGACUGAAACUAUUGCUUUACAUCAAGAGAAUGAUUGUUAUAAACUUUAUGGUUAUAAGUGGUUUACUUCAGCUGCAGAUUCUGAUAUGUCGCUAACACUGGCUAAAAUUUCUGAUGAAAAUGGUGAAAAUCAGGAAUUUCAACCAUUAAGUUUAUUUUAUUUAGAAACUAAGGCAAUUGAUGGAAAUUUGAAUAAUAUACACAUAAUAAGGUUAAAAGACAAAUUAGGAACAAGACAGCUUCCAACUGCUGAAUUAUUAUUAGAUGGAACAACAGCUUAUAAGAUGUCAGAAAAUGGCCAAGGAAUUGCUGCUAUAUCAUAUAUGUUAACUAUGACUCGUAUCCAUAACGCAGUAGGAUCUGUUUCUUCUAUGAGACAUAUUUUAAAUCUUGCAAGUGACUAUGCCAAUCGUAGAUCUGUCUUUGGAAGUAAAUUAAAUAAUUAUCCAUUACAUGUACAAACUUUAGCUAGAAUGGAGACAGAAAUACAAGGUUCAUUGUUAUUGCUAUUAGAAGUUAUCAGAUGGUUAGGUAAACAAGAAUGCAAUAAAGCUACUGAUGAAGAAGUUCUACUUUUUCGUUUAUUAACUCCCAUAUUAAAACUUUAUACUGCAAAGCAGGCUGUGGCAGUUGUCUCUGAAGGACUAGAAUGUUUUGGUGGUCAAGGUUAUAUGGAAGAUACUGGAAUAGCUUCUUAUUUACGUGAUAGUCAGUUAAUUACAGCAGCUAGAGACUUAGCAUACUCAUUAGCUCGUAUUUAUAUAGGCUCAUUGUUGAUUGAAAAUGCUUCUAAUACUCAAAGUGAGCAAGAUAAUAUUAUAGCAUUCAGAUGGUGUUGUACUCAAGAUCUAGCUCCUGUUCAUACUAAUCAUCAGUUGAAAUUAUACGAAGACAAUGUUUUAAAUAACGAUAGAAAUAUGAUUAUGUUAGAAUCA